AUGGAGGAGAUAAAAUCAAGAUUCAAGAGAAUUUGUGUAUUCUGUGGGAGCAGUUCUGGCAAGAAACCAAGUUAUCAAGAAGCUGCUAUUGAGCUGGGCAACGAAAUGGUGGAGAAAAGUAUUGAUUUGGUCUAUGGAGGUGGGAGUGUGGGUCUUAUGGGUCUUGUUUCUCAGGCUGUUCAUGAUGGUGGGCGCCAUGUUCUAGGGGUUAUUCCGAGGACUCUCAUGCCCCGGGAGAUAACUGGUGAAACUAUUGGGGAAGUACGAGCUGUAUCUGAUAUGCAUCAGAGGAAAGCUGAGAUGGCCCGACAAGCUGACGCCUUCAUUGCCCUUCCCGGGGGUUAUGGCACGCUCGAAGAGUUGCUUGAAGUUAUUACGUGGGCUCAGCUUGGGAUCCAUCGUAAACCUGAAUAUAUUCCAGAGUACGAUGAAGUGACAUCCAAAUUGAUCUGGGAAGAAGAAUAUAUUCCAGAGUAUGAUGAAGUGACAUCCAAAUUGAUAUGGGAAGAAGUGGGAAGACUAAAUUAUGUACCCGAUCCAGAUCCCGACCCCGGAGUUCCUUCGUAA